AUGCAGGAAGACGGGGCGCAUCGGCCCCCUAUAUUCCCUGCAAUCUCCGAUGCGUGCCUGCAGCACCUCUUUCCGGACACGAGUAUCGGCACAAGCGUCGCUGGCUGUGUGCGUGCGGCACUGACUGAGAUGGAACUGUCCUACCAACUCGAUCCGUGCCUCUUGAACGAGAAGAGCGAUACAAACCGCGGCUACUGGGCACUUGCCGACUUUGUGCGCCGUGGCUGCGCCGCGCCGCGCGAAAGAGACAGGCGUGCGGCGCCCGCGGAGCAUGUGCCGAGCGAGGCGCCACGCGCAGAAACAGUGCGCCCAGUUUUGGUUCAGCGUGCCAAAACGUAUGCCGUGCACGAUGUGUACGCCGCGAUCGAUAAAAUGGACUUGGACACGAUAAUGGCGAUCCGCGAUAAAGAGUUUGUGCUGCUGCUUGGCGGAAGCGAUGAUGUGCGUGAGAAACGGACGCCGCUGGAGCACGCCAUCAGCCUCGGGCCGCGGUACGAGCGCAUGAGUCUCUUUUUGGCGGGCUCCAUGUCGCGCUUUGUGAAUCACCUGCCCGAGGACCGACCGCUCGACAAUGCACAGCAAGCGGCGCUGCACAAGGUGCGCACGAACCUCAAGCUUGCCAUCGACCACAGCCUCGAUAAGGAGCAAACGGGACUCCUCGCAUCUUACCUCCAAAUCCUCGUCAUGUCCCAGGGCAUCGCGUGGAUCGAAAAGAAUGUCAAGGCGGUUGAGCGCGAACUGCAUGCUUGCUUUUAUGCCACACAGGGCGCUUUGCUGCCACAACCGACCGCGGCUGCUCGCGACACUGUAUCGUAUUUCCUUACGCACAACCUCCGUACACGGUGCCGUACAGAGCACCUUGUUAUCGCUACCAUGGACGACUAUAUUGCAAACGCCGCGUCGGAUCUCGUGCUCCUUGCAUUGUGGGAUCUCGUGCGCGGGACGCGUGCGCCGCUGCCGCUGUAUGCCUUUGCGCGCGACGAUCGGAUCACGGGCAUGUUUCUGGACGCCGUGCGCGAUCCCACAACCCGUCCGCAUGGGCCGGCAGGGCAUGCCGCGCUGCGCUUCGCGGAAGCGCAAGACGCGCAUCUGCGCCGGCACAGUGCCACGGAGCGGUUUCAGCUGCUGGAGAAGAUAUGUAGGCAAGGCGCAGGGUCGUGGGAGGCGGGGGAGGUGCUAGUAUAG